UCAUCUCGUUAGGGCGGGACGGAGGAUGCACGAGGGAACUGGUGCGUUCGUUGGGUGGAAUCUUAGUAGAGGAAAGCAGUCUGGCAGUGGCCAGCGCGCGUCCUGCUGUCCACCGGUACCCACAGGCAGCCAGGUCUUGGUUCCACGCGAGGAGCGGCGAUCCGAUUUGGGGCGAGGGGACGCACUCGCCACCGCGCAUGCGCAGAGCGGGGAGCGGCCUCCCGGACUACAGCUCCCAGAGGAACCCGCCGCUGGCCGCAGGCGCCGAGACGCUGGCGCCAUCUUGAAAUCUGAUCCUUGAUCUCCGAGUCUUUGCGUCAGCAGCGCGGUGCUGCUGGUGUACCGCAAACGAAGCCUGCUAAAAGGGAGGACGUUGGGGACGCGGCGGCUGGCGGGAGAGACAGCUGGUGGAGACAUGGCAGGUUGCGAGCGUGGCCUGCGCUGCUGUCGCUCAGCAUUCCCUUAAGGCGUUUCUACGCCCGCCCCCUUCCCGAGGGGCGGGGCUGCCCACUCUGGUACCCAGAGCCAGCGCGCGGGUGGCGGAGGUGCGCCCCUGCAGAGUGGGGAUCCCACCGGAGUGUGCCAUGCCGGCCGGAGGACACCGAGGCGGGAGACGGAGCGCGACCAAGCGCCGGUGAUUGAACACCAAGCAGCAGCCGCCUCAGGGAAUCUCGUCAAUCGCUAGGAGAGAAGAUGAAGGAGAUUUGCAGGAUCUGUGCCCGGGAGCUGUGUGGAAACCAGCGGCGCUGGAUCUUCCACACGGCAUCUAAGCUCAACCUCCAGGUUCUGCUUUCGCACGUCCUGGGCAAGGAUGUCGCCCGCGAUGGCAAAGCCGAAUUUGCUUGUAGCAAGUGUGCUUUCAUGCUUGAUCGGAUCUAUAGAUUCGACACCGUUAUUGCCCGGAUCGAAGCUCUUUCAAUUGAGCGUUUGCAAAAGCUGCUGCUGGAGAAGGACCGCCUCAAGUUCUGCAUUGCUAGCAUGUAUCGUAAGAAUAACGAUGACUCUGGCACGGAAACCAGGGCGGGGAAUGGGACGGUUGACAUUUCCGGCUUACCCGAUGUAAGAUACUCUGCACUGCUCCAGGAAGACUUUGCCUAUUCAGGGUUUGAGUGUUGGGUGGAGAACGAGGAUCAGAUUCAGGAGCUACACAGCUGCCAUGCUUCGGAAGGUCCUGGAAACCGACCCAGGAGAUGCCGUGGUUGUGCAGCCUUGCGGGUUGCUGAUUCUGACUAUGAAGCCAUUUGUAAGGUGCCUCGAAAGGUGGCCAGAAGUAUCUCGUGUGGUCCUUCUACUAGGUGGUCCACCAGUAUUUGUACUGAAGAACCGGCAUUGUCUGAGGUUGGGCCACCGGAUUUACCAAGUACAAAGGUACCCCCAGAUGGAGAAAGCAUGGAGGAAGGGACACCGGGAUCCUCUGUGGAAUCUUUGGAUGCAAGUGUCCAGGCUAGUCCUCCACAGCAAAAGGAUGAGGAAACGGAGAGAAGUGCAAAGGAACUUGUAAAGUGUGACUGUUGUUCAGAUGAACAGGCUCCACAGCAUAUGUGUAACCACAAGCUGGAGCUAGCUCUUAACAUGAUUAAAGGUCUUGAUUAUAAGCCUAUCCAGAGCCCCCGGGGGAGCAAGCUUCCUAUUCCAGUGAAAUCCAGCCCACCUGGAGCAAGGCCUGGCCAUAUCAUGACAGAUGGAGUUAGUUCCGGUUUUCUUAACCGGUCUUUGAAACCCCUUUACAAGACACCUGUAAGUUAUCCUUUGGAGCUUUCAGACCUCCAGGAGCUGUGGGAUGAUCUCUGUGAAGAUUAUUUGCCACUUCGGGUCCAGCCCAUGACUGAAGAGUUACUCAAACAACAAAAGCUGAAUUCAGAUGAGACCAUUAUAACUCAGCAGUCUGUAUCUGAUUCCCACUUGGCAGAACUCCAGGAAAAAAUCCAGCAAACAGAGGCCACCAACAAGAUUCUUCAAGAGAAACUAAAUGAAAUGAGCUGUGAACUAAAGUCUGCUCAGGAGUCAUCUCAGAAGCAGGAUGGUACAAUUCAAAGCCUCAAGGAAACUCUGAAGAGCAGGGAAAAUGAGACCGAGGAGUUGUACCAGGUGAUUGAAGGUCAAAAUGACACAAUGGCAAAGCUUCGAGAAAUGCUGCACCAAAGCCAGCUGGGACAACUUCAUAACUCAGAGGGUAUUUCCGCAGCUCAGCAACAGGUGGCUCUGCUUGAUCUUCAGAGUGCUUUGUUCUACAGCCAGCUUGAAAUACAGAAACUCCAGAGGGCAGUGCGUCAAAAAGAACGCCAGCUGGCUGAUGCCAAACGAUGUGUGCAGUUUGUAGAGGCUGCAGCCCAAGAAAGAGAACAGCAGAAAGAGGCAUCUUGGAGACAUAACCAGGAAUUACGAAAAGCCUUGCAGCAGCUCCAAGGAGAAUUGCAGAGUAAGAGCCAACAGCUUCGUACCCUGGAGACUGAAAAGUACAAUGAGAUUAGAACCCAUGAGCAACACAUUCAGCACCUAAACCACAGUGUGAGUCACAAAGAGCAACUGCUUCAGGAAUUUCGGGAGCUCCUGCAGUAUCGAGAUAAGUCGGACAAAACCCUUGAAGCAGAUGAAAUGUUGCUUGAGAAACUUCGGCAGCGAAUACAGGACCGAGAUGUUGCUCUAGAGCGGGCUAUAGAUGAAAAGUUCUCCACUCUGGAAGAGAAAGAAAAAGAACUGCGUCAACUUCAUCUCGCCGUGCGAGAGCGAGAUCAUGACUUAGAGAGAUUGCGUGGUAUUCUCUCCUCUAAUGAAGCUACCAUGCAGAGUUUGGAGAGUCUCCUGAGGGCCAAAGGCCUGGAAGUAGAGCAGUUAUCUGCCACCUGUCAAAACCUCCAAUGGCUGAAAGAAGAAAGGGAAACCAAAUUUAGCCAUUGGCAGAAGGAACAAGAAAGUAUCAUUCAGCAGUUACAGACAUCCCUGCAUGACAGGAACAAAGAAGUGGAGGAUCUUAGUGCCACGUUGCUCUGUAAACUUGGACCGGGGCAGAGUGAGGUAGCAGAGGAGCUGUGCCAGCGUCUACAGCGAAAGGAAAGGAUGCUGCAGGAACUGCUGAGUGAUCGAAACAAACAAGCAGUGGAACAUGAAGUAGAGAUUCAAGGCCUGCUUCAGUCUAUGAGCAGCAGGGAGCAGGAGAGCCAAGCCGCUGCAGAGAAGAUGGUACAAGCCCUAAUGGAAAGAAAUUCAGAAUUGCAAGCCCUGCGCCAGUAUUUAGGAGGGAAAGACUCCAUGGUGUCCCAAGCACUCAUCUCUAACCAACCCACUGAAGUUACAUCCAGCAGCCCCCAUCUGGGAGAGCAGACUGAUCAAGGUUUGGUGCAUAUACCCUCCAAAGAUGAUAGCACUUCGUUGACUGCCAAAGGGGAUACCAGUAUACCCAGGUCCUCAUUAGGAGAUUUGGAAACAGUUGCAGGGCUGGAAAAAGAACUGAGUAAUGCCAAAGAGGAACUUGAGCUCAUGGCUAAAAAAGAAAGAGAAAGUCGGAUGGAACUUUCUGCACUACAGUCCAUGGUGGCUGUGCAAGAGGAAGAGCUGCAGGUGCAGGCUGCCGACAUGGAGUCCCUGACCAGGAACAUACAGAUUAAAGAAGACCUCAUAAAGGACCUGCAGAUGCAGCUGGUUGAUCCUGAGGACAUACCAGCUAUGGAACGCCUGACCCAAGAAGUCUUACUUCUUCGGGAAAAAGUUGCUUCAGUAGAGUCACAGGGUCAAGAAACUUUAGGAAACCGAAGACAGCAGUUGCUGCUGAUGCUCGAAGGGCUGGUAGAUGAACGGAGUCGGCUCAAUGAGGCUUUGCAAGCAGAGAGACAGCUCUACAGCAGUCUGGUGAAGUUCCACGCCCAUCCAGACAGCUCUGAGAGAGACCGAACUCUGCAGGUGGAACUAGAAGGGGCCCAGGUGAUACGCGGUCGGCUGGAAGAAGUUCUUGGAAGAAGCCUGGAGCGCUUAAGCAGGCUGGAGACCCUGGCCGCCAUUGGAGGUGCUGCUGCAGGGGACGAUACCGAAGAUGCUAGCACCGAGUUCACAGACAGCAUUGAGGAGGAGGCUGCACGCAAUAGCCACCAGCAAAUCAUCAAGGUGGCCUUGGAGAAGAGCCUGGCAGCCGUGGAGACCCAGAAUGUAUGUCUUCCCCCUCCUUCCUCAACAGGAGGGGACAGUAACAGAGGUCUUCAGGAGGAAAUGAUCCACCUGAGGGCUGAGAUCCACCAGCACUUAGAGGAGAAGAGGAGAGCUGAGGGGGAACUGAAGGAGCUAAAGGCUCAAAUUGAGGAAGCAGGAUUCUCCUCUGUGGCCCACAUCAGGAACACCAUGCUGAGCCUUUGCCUUGAGAAUGCAGAGCUGAAAGAGCAGAUGGGAGAAGAAAUGUCUGAUGGAUGGGAGAUCGAGGAAGACAAGGAGAAGGGCGAGGUGACAGUGGAAACUGUGGUAGCCAGAGGGGGUCUGAGUGAGAAUAGCCUUCAGGCUGAGUUCAGAAAGCUCCAGGGAAAACUGAAAAAUGCCCACAACAUCAUCAACCUCCUCAAAGAACAGCUGGUGCUAAGCAGCAAGGACGGAAAUAGUAAACUUAGUCCAGAGCUCCUUGCGCGCCUGGCCCGGGAGAUUGACAGAAUGAAUACAGAGCUGGUCUGUUCUCCUGAGAAGCCCCAAUGCCAAGAAGAGGAGCCCGUGACCAUAAGGCCCUGCCCCAGACCCCAGGGCCUCGACCUUGGGGCUGCACUCAUAGUGGACGGCCACCAACUGGAUAACCGGCCCCAGGCCCGAGACCCUGGGCCUCAGUCAGAAUUUAGCCUUCCUGGAUCCACCAAGCACCUGCGCUCCCAGUUGGCCCAAUGCAAACAACGCUAUCAGGAUCUCCAGGAGAAGCUGCUGAUAUCGGAAGCCACAGUCUUUGCCCAGGCCAACCAGCUGGAGAAAUACAGAGUCAUGCUUACAGGUGAAUCCUUGGUGAAGCAGGACAGCAAGCAGGUGCAGGUGGACCUCCAGGACCUGGGCUAUGAGACCUGCGGCCGAAGUGAGAAUGAGGCUGAGCGGGAGGAGAGCACCAGUCCCGAGUGUGAGGGGCAUAACAGCCUCAGGGAGACCAUCCUGAUGGAGGGGCGCCUGGGCUCCCCAGCGGCCAGCUCCCCGGGGAAGAAGCCCUUGGAGAGCCCUCGAGGGAAGCAGGAGGAGUUCCAGGCAUAUGGAAAAUCAGAAGACAUCUCUGUCCUACAUAAGGACAUCAGAGACCUGAAGGCCCAGCUGCAGAAUGCCAACAAGAUCAUUCAAAACCUCAAGAGCCGGGUCCGGUCCCUCUCAGUUACAAGCGAUUAUUCAUCUAGUCUGGAGAGACCUCGAAAGCUGAAGGCCAUUGGCACCCUCGAGGGAUCCCCACCUCACAGUGUCACUGAUGAGGAUGAGGGGUGGCUCUCUGAUGGCACUGGGGCUUUCUACCCCCCAGGGCUUCAGGCUAAAAAGGGUCUGGAGAGUCUGAUCCAGAGAGUGUCCCAGCUGGAGGCCCAGCUCCCGAAAACUGGAGUGGAAGGGAAGCUGGCAGAGGAGCUGAGAUCAGCCUCAUGGCCUGGGAAAUAUGACUCCCUGAUUCAGGAUCAGGCCCGAGAGCUGUCGAACCUACGCCAAAAGAUGCGAGAAGGCAGAGGUAUCUGUUAUCUUCUCACCCAGCAUGCCAAAGAUACAGUAAAAUCUUUUGAGGACCUUCUUAGGAGCAAUGACAUUGACUACUACCUGGGGCAGAGCUUCCGGGAGCAGCUCGCCCAGGGAAGCCAGCUGACAGAGAGGCUUACCAGCAAACUCAGCACCAAGGAUCAUAAAAGUGAGAAAGAUCAAGGUGGACUUGAACCGCUGGCUCUCAGGCUCAGCAGGGAGCUGCAGGAGAAGGAGAAAGUGAUUGAGGUCCUGCAGGCCAAGCUGGAUGCCCGGUCCCUCACGCCCUCCAGUAGCCAUGCGUUGUCGGACUCCCAGCGUUCUCCCAGCAGCUCCUCCUUCCUGUCUGAUGAGCUGGAAGCCUGCUCUGACAUGGAUGUAGCCAGCGAGUACACGCACUAUGAAGAGAAGAAGGCUCUGCCUGGCCACUCAGAUUCCAUCCAUCAUUCGAGUCAUUCCGCUGUACUGUCUUCUAAGCCAUCAGCAACCAGUGCACCUCAGGGGGUUAAGGCCGAACCCAGCAGCAAACCCAUCAGCUUGCCAGCUCCCCAGAACCCCCCCCAGGAGGCCAGCCAGGCCCAUCCAGGCCUUCAUUUUCCCUCCAUACCCACGCUGGUUAGCCUUCCCCAGGCACCACUGCCCUCAGCUCCACCCAGCUUCCUGCCUUUCAGCUCCACUGGCCCUCCCCUCCUUGGCUGCGGUGAGACACCCGCGGUCUCCUUGGCAGAGGCUCAGCAGGAGCUGCAGAUGCUGCAGAAACAGCUGGGAGAAAGUGUCAGCACCGUCCAUCCUCCUUCCCCAGCUGCGUUGCCAAGCAACCAUUUAGAAGCCACCUCUUCCCACUAUCUCAACCCUGCCCAGCCCCACUCUCCUCUGAGGGGCAGCACAGAACUGGGCAGAAUCCUGGAGCCUGGCUACCUGGGCAGCGGCAGCCAGUGGGAUGUGAUGAGGCCUCAGAAAGGGAGUGUAUCAGGCGACCUGUCCUCAGGAUCCUCUGUGUGUCAGCUUAACUCCAAACCCACAGGGGCUGACCUGCUGGAAGAACAUCUUGGUGAAAUCCGGAACCUGCGUCAGCGGCUGGAGGAGUCCAUCUGCAUUAAUGACCGCCUGCGGGAGCAACUCGAACACCGGCUCAGCUGCACGGCCCGUGGGAAUGGAUCCAGCUCUAAUUUCUACGGUCCUGGCCUGGAACCCACAUCUCAGCUCUACAACGAGAACAGAGUUCUUAAGGAAGAAAACCGGAGCCUUCAGGCUCAGCUGAGUCAUGUUUCCAGAGAGCGCUCCCAGGAGACAGAAUGCCUGAGGGAGGCUCUGCUGUCCUCUCGAUCACGGCUUCAAGAGCUGGAGAUGGAGCUGGACCACCAAAAGGGGGAAAGGCAGCAGCUUCUGGAAGACUUGAAGGAGAAGCAGCAGGAGAUCUUGCAUUUCCAGGAGGAACGCCUGUCCCUCCAGGAGAAAGAUUCCAGGCUGCAGCAUAAGCUGGCCCUCCUGCAGCAACAAUGUGAAGAGAAACAGCAGCUCUUCAAGUCUCUCCAGUCAGAGCUACAGAUCUACGAGGCGCUUUAUGGCAAUUCCAAGAAGAGGCUAAAAGCUUCCACCUGGGAUGCCUGUCACCAGGUCCCUUUGAGCAGUGACUUGAGCCACCUGGUGGCAGAGAUUCGAGCUUUGCGAGGGCAGCUGGAGCGAAGCAUCCAGGUGAACAACUGUCUGCGACUGCAGCUGGAGCAGCAGCUGGAUGGUGGGGGGAGCAAAGCCGGCCUCAGCCCCUCCUCCACCAACCAGGAGGACCCCGGAAACAAGCAACCGGUCUUCCAAGACUCCAUUGCUUCCCCUCCAGUCCGAGAUGUUGGCAUGAAUUCUCCAGCGCUCGUGUUCCCUAGCCUUGCUCCUGCUGCUCCUGGCUCAGAGACCGCUACUUUCAAUAGGACAAAUGAGCUGGAUUUGGUUGCUUCUCCAGUAAUGAAGAACCCUCCCAAGCUGGAGGGCGAAGCUACUGAUGGCUCCUUUGCCAAUAAGCAUGGCCGCCAUGUCAUUGGCCACAUUGAUGACUAUAGUGCCCUAAGACAGCAGAUACGGGAGGGCAAACUGCUGAUCAAAAAGAUAGCAGCUCUUGUGAGAUCAGCCUGCACCUUCUCUGGCCUUGAAACUCAGGGCACAGAGGUGCUGGGCAGUGAAGGCAUCCAUGAACUUGGGAGCAGUGCCCAGGCCCUGCAGCACACACUGGAGGAGUCGGCCUCCCUCCUCACCAUGUUCUGGCGAGCAGCCCUGCCAAGCUCCCCGAGCCCUGCCCUGUCUAGCAACACGGGACAGUCCAUGAGAAGGGAACUUCUGGAACUGAGAACCAAACUGUCCAAACAGGAGAGUCUCCUUCAGAGCACAGUGGAGCGUCUGAAGACUGCCAACCAGCAGAAGGAGAGCAUGGAGCAGUUCAUCUUCGGCCAGUUGACCAGGACACAUGAUGUUUUGAAGAAGGCAAGGACUAAUUUGGAGGCCAAGUCAGGAGUCCGAGGAAAGCAAAAGAACACUUACAAGAUGGCCUCUGUAAAGCCUUAUUCCUGUCCCAGCAAAGGUGAAGUCCUUAAAGGCCCUGCCCUGCACCGCAGUCUUGUGACCCUUGCCUUCCACGAGCCACGCAAGAAGAGGAGCCACCAGAGGUCCUUCAAACAGCAGGAAGGCUGGGCCUGCCCCCCUUUUGUGCAGACCCCAAUCUGUUCAGGAGACCUGGACCCCACUUCUCCACACCUGCCUGAGUGUCCAGGAGGAGUCAGAGGCCGGCCUGGUGGAGGAGGGCGAAGGGCAGACAGCCUCUCCUGUGGCUGAGGAAAAGCAUCUGCCAGGGUCUGCUCAGCCCAGCCCUGAGCAAAACACGCAGGGUUUGUAGAGGAGCUCGUGACACUGCUUCUAAGCACCCCAUUGGGCUGGGAACUGCCAAUGGCCAUUUCUCGCUCUAGUGCCUGUCCUCAGACGGCCAGCUCGGGGGACGCAGGACCCUGCUUCCUACAGAUGGGACACCUGGUCGCCACACGGGAGCUCCUGGGCCCACUCUGAAGCCCACGAGUGACAGCAGUGGCCUGAGGGCCAGUGGGGCUCAGCCCGCACCACCCCCAGAUCCACGCUUCGCCGGGGCCAGCUCAGCCAGGCCACCAUCAGCCUGGGCAUCAGUCUACACCGGGGCUCCUGAGUGCUUUGGAUCCACGUGGUGAAAGCGGUGGCUUCCCACAUGCCAUCUCCUGCUCAGCCUAGCACCUCCUAUUUCCACUCUUUUAUGAUCUCCAAAAUGUGGCCACCUCAGUCUAAAUAUGCUGUCCCCUUGCAUCACCCUAACUCCUCUCUGGGGAACUGGGGCUCAUGGCCAAGCCAAGGCCAGUGAAAGUCCUGUGUAAGACAAGCCAGCAAUCAUUUUGAAGUGGCAUCUCAGAGGCCCCCAGUUAUGGGAAAGCCUAGUCUGUGCCCUGACAGUGUUUUGAGAAGGUGUGUACGUGUGUAUAAAUGUACGAUAGAUGUUUAUAUAUGUUGCUAUGGCGAUAUGUCGAGGGCAACAUAACUGGUGGACAGGGUCUGUUAGAGAAAAUGAAACACAGUCUCUGGUGGCUAUGAAAGUAAAAUGUGUAUAAAGAAAUAAAACAUUUUUCCUCA